ACAAAAAAAAAAAAAGAAAGAAGAGAAGACACCCAAUUGUAACAUACAUAUAUGGAUAUGUGCACACAUGCAAAUGCCAACAUAACACAGUGAGAUGACAUCGGACGGCUACAACAAUAAUAAUAGCAACAACAAGAACAACGGCAUCUACACAAACCAGCUGCAAUGAACGUAAAGAAAAGGCCACGUCUGGAGCUGGCCACAGCUGCAACACCAACGGCUGCAACAGACGUUGCAUAUGCUACAUAUAGUAACGGGAAUGGUGCUGGCACGGCAACAAACGGUAUUUUUCUAGCGAGCGGCGUGGACGUGAACAAUGGUGCACAAAUCUAUUUAACCAUAUGCGGUGACGAUGACAAUUCGAAUGAAUCUCAGGAGUUUUAUGCCAUCGAGAGCAUUAAACAGGAACCAGAUUUGGAUGCGCUGCACGCGCUGCUGCCAACAAAUCUGCAGCUGCCAACGGGUUGUGAAAUCUAUUUAGUUAAAGACACCACCACCACGACGACCACAAGUCCCAAGGCGCACGAGCAAUUGUUGCAGAAGCAACACCAGCACCAGCACCAGCAGCAAAACCAACACCAACAGCAGCAUGCACAACCAUUGGCUUCCAUUAAACUGGAGCCGGACUCCAUUGCCACACCGUCCACGAACGUGCUGUACGUUAGUGGCAGCGGUGCAACAACGACCACGCACAACAUUGUUGUUGCUGCCAGCAAAGAUUCACCAGGCAGCGCCUGUGGCAGCGGCAGCGGCAGCAGCAGCUCCUCUUUACCAGUGGCCAGCCAUGCCGCAGCAGCAGCAGUUCCAGCCAUAGCUUCAGCUGGCUAUAAUGUUAAGAUGGAUGCGUUUAAGAAGCGCGACGACAAGCGCCGCGCCACACACAACGAGGUGGAGCGCCGGCGUCGUGAUAAAAUCAAUUGCUGGAUCUUCAAGCUGAAGGAGAUGCUGCCAACGGAGGGCAAUCGCUACAAGCCAAUGGCCGAAACGUUGGACAGCAAAGCGGCCAGCAUGCGGAAUAAUCAGCAGCAGCAGCAGAAUGGACGCACACCACCCAACGAUUCCAAGUCUCAAAUAUUAAUCAAGGCCUGUGACUACAUCAAGAGUAUGCAAAAUGAGAUAGACAGUCUGCGCGAUUGUUUGCAGGAAGCGGAACAUUUGCGUUUAAGCAAUCAGGCGCUGCGUGAUGAAUUGGAAACGUUGAAGCAGCAACAGGAGCUGCAGGAGCGUUUCAAUACCGCUGGCGGCUCAUUCAACGUAACGCUUAACUCCCUCAAUAGCUCAGCUACUAGUGACCUCUUCGAUAAUAUGGAUGGGGCGGCCAAUCUCUCAGCGGUCUCGUCGAUUAACUUUACCAAACGGGGCCUAAUGAUCAGCGACUACGAUGAGUAGAGCCGAGAACCCAAAA